CACUCGUCUCAUUUCUGGCCUAUAUAUCGGAACAUGUGUUUCGGUCUAGCUAGGCGGUGGACGCGCGCAUGCCCAUGCAAAACCAGCUCAGCUCACUACACUACACUUUCUCUAGCUAGCUAGCGCGCGACGGGCGACGCAGUUAAGCCGCGGCCCACACGAGAUGAACGCGGCGGGUGCAGACACCGACACCGUCCUGCGGAAGCGGCAACUCACCGUCCGCACGACGAGCAGCAACGGCGGCAAUGGGUUCCGGGUCGGCGGCGGCAAGGGGGCGGCGGCGGCGACGCCGCCGGAGCCCGUCAGCCCCUCCGCGCGGCUCCUGGAGGACUUUUUCAUCGUCGUGGUGAUCGGCAUUGCCACGCCGGUGAACGACCCCGUCGCCCGCGCCGGCAUCGCCGCCCAGUUCGCGCGCUACCCACGCUUCCGCAGCAUCCAGGUGACGGAUGAGGACGGCGGCAACCCGCGGUGGGUGCGGACGACGCUGAACGUGGACGACCACAUCAUCUACCCGGAGCUGGACAUGGACGCGGUGGCGGCCGACCCGGACAAGGCGGUGGAGGACUACGUGGCGUCGCUGUCCACCAAGCCCAUGGACGAGUCGCGGCCGCUGUGGGAGUUCCACGUGCUGGACUUCCCGACGUCGGAGGCGGCGGCCACCACGGCGAUCCGCGUGCACCACUCCCUCGGGGACGGCAUGUCGCUGCUCACGCUCCUCAUGGCAUGCACCCGCAGCGCCGCCGACCCGGCGAGGCUGCCCGCCAUGCCGCCGCAGCCGACGCGCACCGGCGCGAUCUACGCGCGGCCCAGGCCGCCGGCGUCGGCGGGCGCGCUGGCGUUCGCUGCGUGGCUCUGGUCGUUCGUCGCGCUGGCGUGGCACACCGUGGUGGACGUCGCGAGCUUCUUCGCCACGACCAUGUUCCUCAAGGACCCGCACACGCUGUUCAAGCGGGUGAAGCACGGGGAGUUCCAGCGGAAGCGCAUCGUGCACCGGGGGCUUAGCUUUGAUGACGUCAAGCUCGUCAAGAACGCCAUGAACUGCUCAAUGAUGUGCUGGUUGGGAUCACGUACUCUGCACUGUCACGAUAUUACUAACGGAAGUCAGGCAUACGUAGAUAUGAUCAAUUCUGGCAGAGAGGAUGAAGUGAAAUGGGGAAACGCACUUGGUUUCAUAAUCCUCCCGUUCUUCAUAGGCAUGCACAAGGAUCCACUAGACUACGUUCGUAAAGCCAAGAAGGUUGUUGAUAGGAAGAAGAGCUCGUUAGAAGUGGUAUUCACUCAUUUAGCUGCAGAAGUGAUCCUCAAACUUUUUGGGCUCAAGGCAGCAGCUGCUAUCUUCCAUCGUAUGAUCUCUCAUACUACCAUAUCAUUCUCCAACAUGAUCGGCCCAGUUGAACAGGUGGAGUUUUGUGGGCAUCCAGUUGUCUUCAUUGCCCCUAGCGGCUAUGGACCUCCAGAAGCCUUAACCGUGAAUUUUCAAAGUUACGUUAACACCAUGAUGGUAAAUCUUGCCGUGGACGAGGCACAAUUUCCAGAUUGUCAUGAGCUUUUGGAUGAUUUUUCCGAAUCCCUCAGGCAGAUAAAGGAUGCAGCUUUGAGCCUAGGAAAGCAUCACACCAAGGCUUAAGGCACUACUUAAUCAUUGCACACAUGCAUGUAUUCGUAAGAAUGAUUGUACCCCCUCCGUACUCGUAAAGGAAGUCGUUUAGGAUAAUAUUUAAGUCAAA